GGUCAGUUGUCCGAGAAAUAGCGUGCCGAGCGGUCGCAAAUUGCGCACGAGUUUUUAAACAAAAGCCAAAAAAAAAACAAAAUAAUAAAUAAGCAACAGAGUGAUUUGCCCGAGAAGGUCUAGAUAAAGAGAUACAAAGAAAUUCUUAAGGAAUCUUGGCAUUGAAUUGCUCAUUUGUAAUUGCCCAAAGACAUAUUAAUUGCAAUUAAUUAAUUAAUUAAUUCAAUCGUAAAAUGAGUAACCUAGAGCAUAUUACGCUGGAAAUGGAUAAAGUGCCACUAGGAGAUAAUAAAACUUUGGUGAGAAAUACAGAAAAUAUCAGCAAACACAGCUAUGGCGGUGCAAUCGACGGACGGACACGUAAUACUCUUCGAGUGCCCAGAGCAGUUCCCGAAACCGAUGAUGAUGACAACGACGAUCGUCCCUUUGUUAAAGAUGGCAAUGAUAAUCCCGGCGUGGAUGACGGUCUUUUUUCAACUGUUGGAGGCAACGGAGGCAACGGCGGCAAUGUGAAUGUAAACGUUCCCAAUGGAGGAAGACGACCCAGUUUCUCCUUUCCGGGAUACAAUGGACCCGGUUUUGUGACGAUCAACGGCGUGGAGACACCCAUACCCGAUGUGAAUGCAUAUCAGCACAAGAAGACCCUGGCUCAGGGAAUGAUGGACCUGGCACUUCUCUCCGCGAAUGCAAAUCAAUUGCGUUAUGUUCUGGAGACGAGCUCACAACAUCCUUACUUUUAUCCCAGUCUGCUGUUCAUCUCACUCAGCAUUAUAUUCCAGAUUGCUGUGGGCGUGGGCCUUAUAUUGAAUGGCCAGUAUAACAUCAAAAACGGUCACGAUAUCUGCCGGGCGAACAGGAUCAAUAAUUAUACAGUUAGCGGCAUUUUUAUAGUCACUGUGGUCAAUGUUCUAAUAUCAGCCUUUACUGUGGACAGAGAUACUGUGCCUGCUUUACCCGCCAAUACAACAUAGUUUAACUUGUAUUUUAAAUAGACUUUAGUAUUAUGAACACACAGAUGCAUCUUUAGAUAAUACUCACAUUGUUCAAACCUUGUUAAAUUUCACUCAGCGACUCAUUUUUCUAAACGCAACAAUGAAUUGUGAUAAAUAAAAUCCCACGAGCAUUUCUCGCUUAUUUAAAUAACUG